AUGGCUCACUUUCCAAAAUUUAAAAAGGACAGGCGAAUCCAGGUAAAGAAAACAGAGGACGCAAAUGGGGGUAGCCUGGAAGUGUCAAUCAAGUCGCUGCAGUGUGCUGACCAAGGAACAUACUUCUGCGCCAUAGACACGUACAAGAUGUGGCCUUUAAAGGCAUCGAUAAGCAUAAUAACCCCGCCAGAGGACAGUCUGCGGCCCAGUUUUCCUACGGAAGUGUUCGAGGACAAGGUCGCCAAUUUCUCGUGCUCAGGACAGCCUGGAUAUCCUAGUGGGAAGCUCGUGUGGAAAAUCAAACACGAGAAGGACGCCGAUUUCAAACAAUAUGACUUCUACAGCGCGAGAUCUAAUGUAUCAGACGUUAAUUGCAUACGAUCAGAGACAAACACUGUAGAGUACCAAUUUGAUAUGGCGUGGAAUAACACAAAGAUACGCUGCUACAUUGACAACACGGACUACUUCGGCGAAGGCGUUAUUCGUCUCCUUCCAUACAACAUAUGUAACCGAGUCCGUGCCCAGGGUACCAUUAAUCAUCCAUACACCCCGCACAAGUACAUCGUGUGUGGCAAGGAGCUGAACAUCAUGCAGUGCCCUGGGCAACACGUGCUAUGACCACGCCGAGGAAAAUUGUGUGCAGUGCAAGGCCGGAGCCGGUGUCCUUGACCCUUGCCAAGGCAAACCUCUCUACUCCUACGUGGCCCAUGAAACCGACUGCAAAAAGUACUACAUAUGCUUGGGGCCGACCAAAACCGCCAAGACUUGUCCUAAAGGCUAUUUCGCACCUAAUGUACCCGGAAAUUGCGUCACAUCUUAUGGGCAGUCGCACUGCGGUCAAACUAAACCCUAAGAAAUAUGUUUGUUUCUUUCUUAUACCGUGUUAUAACCAGAAAUCGACGUUGCCAAAUGUUUUAAAUGCCAUUAAUGUCCUAAACAUGUCAUGCUUGUCAAGCACGGCGGCGAACAUGUAUUGAAUUACAUAUUUUUGUUAUAAAAUUUAGUCAUUAUUUAAUGUGUAAUGUGCGCCUGACAGAUUCGUGGCAUGGAUAAAAAGAACAGACAUGCCAUGGUUCACAAAAUAUACGUUUAAAUAUUUUUUUUUAAUGUUUUGCAUACACUUGUUUCAUAGCAUAGUAAGUUGUUUGCAAAAGGAGUUCAUUAUAUAAAUAACAAUCCUUGGAAGAAAAUAUGGGGUAGCGUAAUGUAAACACAAACAAACUCGUUCAACUGAUACUAUUAUACGUGUAAAUACAAUAUCGACUAAUUCUGUACCUACAUGUGUUUUAAGUAUUGUGAAACUAUGUUUCUUUUAAUGAAGAUACAAACAAUUUACGGUAACGUUAUGUGCCAUGCGAUAUCUUUACAUGCAUUACAUGCAAAUCAUUGCAUAAAAAGUGUUAAUCUCUCUUUAUAUGAGACGCGUUCUGAGAAAACGAGGCUUAAUGCAUGUGCUUAAAGUGUCAUCCCAGG